AUGCCCCGUUCAUUUUUGGUGAAGAAAAUCAAGCUCGAUGAUUUCUCCUCGUCCCCCGUGGCUGCCUCAAACCAUCAUCAUCAUCAGCACCAUCAGCAACACCACUUGGACGACUCGUUUACUUUUGCACGCUCCAUCACAGACUCAGUGACCAGCCUGGGUGUUCGCCUAAGCGAGAAUGGCUAUAUUCAGGAUUAUAUCAACCCAGCUGUGUACCAGGGUGAGAAGAAGAUGGAGCUUAAGCUGGCUUCACCGGUGUCUGAUCCACUCUACAGUCAGGUUAGCAGCGGAGGAGAAGAGUACUGCGACCCAGACCUGGAGCACCCAGACAGUCCACAGUCAGGCAUGACGGCCAGUGGUUUCUAUAGCGGUGAGGCUGAAGCUUUGACGGAGGGCUACACCAUGGAUGCCUUCUUCAUCUCCGACGGCCGUUCCCGGCGGAAAGCCGGAAGUUCCGAGGGGCGUAAGGGUGUGGCGCGAGGGGGCAGCGGCGGCGGCAGCGGCGGCGGCAGCGGCGGCGAGGGCGGAACGUCGGGCGGCGAGGGACGCGAGACGAGCGGCGUUCCCCGACACACCUGCAACGAAUGCGGCAAGACGUACGCCACAUCGUCCAACCUGAGCAGGCACAAGCAGACCCACCGUAGCCUGGACAGCAAGAUGGCGCGCAAGUGCCCCACCUGCGACAAGGUGUACGUGUCCAUGCCGGCUUUGGCUAUGCAUAUCCUCACGCACGACCUGAAGCACAAAUGUCACGUGUGCAGCAAAGCCUUCAGCCGGCCGUGGCUGCUGCAGGGACACAUGCGCUCUCACACGGGCGAGAAACCCUUCGCCUGCGCUCACUGUGGCAAGGCCUUCGCCGACCGCUCCAACCUGCGUGCCCACAUGCAAACGCACUCAGCCUUCAAGCACUACCGGUGCAAGCGUUGCAAUAAGACCUUUGCUUUGAAGUCUUACCUGAACAAGCACUACGAGUCAGCCUGCUUCAAGGGUUCUGGAGACGAGGACGAGUCUGGCUCCGAGAACGGAUCCUCCUUCCAACCUAGAGACAAAAAGAAGUAUGGAGAAGAAGUAAGGAGGAGAAACUGA